UUGUAGUGUUUUUAGAUUGGUGUAAAAAAUCAAGUAAGUCAGAAAAUAUAUUGUUCGUUGUAACGCCAAUUUUUAAUAUUCACUUCAUAGAAAAAUCAAUAUAAAGAAUAUAGAUAAUAAUAAUAUAUUUUAUGUCGUUAUAUUCUGAUUAAGUAUUGUAGGAACUUCAGCUGUUUAAGUUAGAUAAGACAUUAGGUCAACACACCCACAUCUAUUGUCAAGAUCAUUUGUAUCGGUUCCACCUUGUUCGUUACUCUUCUCUUUUCUGUAGACAUGGCGAUCUGGAAGCGAUUAAUCAAAGAAACGAUUCCUCGGACCAAAUAUAUCGAUUUUUCAAAUCGAUUUCUUAUACUGGAUCGAUUCAGUGGAAAGAUAUUUCACCCUUGAUAAAUGAUAUUCGAUUUUUUCUGCUUAGAUAAAAACUAUAAAAUUAUUUACAAUUAGGUGAAUGUACUCGUAAUAUUGGGGUGUUUUAAUCAUAAUAAAAUAAUUUAAUCAUUAUUUAUCGCAGGCAGUUCUGCGUCUAAAGUUUUUUCAACUUCUUGGCAACAUCGCCAGUGAUCAGCGGAUGAACUAAAAAAUCCUUGAUUUUACUGAUAAGAGAUGGCAGACAUUGUUAAUUAUGGUAUCUCUCUUGUUUUCCAUAAAAUGGAUUCAUAUUUACAUUUUAAAUACAAACUUGGAAAAAAAUCGAUAUUUUAGACCUCGAUUUUUUUAUGAAUCGAUUUAUCAGGUUGAAUUGAUUCAAAAAUCGAUCUUUUUUUCAAAGAAUCGCCAUCCCUAUUCUGUCGAUGGCGUCGCGCCCAUUCCACGUAUACAAUUUUGGUGAAAAGAAGUUUGAAAAAACUGUAGAUUGAAAAGCGACUACUAGAAUUCUUACACUUGCAUAGUUUCAGAGAAUAAAAUGCUUUCAAACUUUUCGUCAAGCUGUCAAUAAAUAAACACCACGCACUAAGAACACAGGGUAUUAUUACAAAGUCUAUUUUUUUUUGUUGACAUCAAUAAGCAAAUUCCAUUGCUUAAAACGGAAAUUCAAAAGCUAUGCCUUACUUUUAGGAAAAUUCAAAUCUCUUAUUAUGUCAUUAAAGUCUUCUAAUGUAAGUUAAUGAGAUUUUGGCGGGCUCUGUGCAUUUUCGUCUUAGAAAUUGGGGCUUGGAAUAGUGGAUUAAAAUACACUUGAUCGAUGAAUAUCUCUCUGAAGUCUGUGAUCAUCUAUGUAGAGCCUUCUCCUUCGUGAAAGAAGUGAGACAUAUCAUCCAGAUUAUCUGAGACGGCAUCCUUUAUGAUGGGGAUGGAAAAUCUCUAAAGCAGCAAAGCAUAAGCACGAUAAGCACAGCAAGACCACAGCCUUUCCCGUUUCACUUACUUUAGACUGUUAUAAUUAUAAACCUACACUACCGGUUAAAUUUUUUUUUCCACCAUACAUGUUUGCGACAAAUAAUUGUUGUCUUGGUAUUUGGUUCCAUUCGUUUCAAAGAUUUGACGUGGAAGUAGGACACUGAUUUGUUCCUUUCCUGUUCUUUUUGUCCCACAACUUCACAAUUGGGUUGAGGACCGGCGGCCAUAUCAUUACUUUCAGUACAUUUUUUUCCAAUUCUUUCAAUUAUUCUUUGCACGGCUUCGAGGAAGGCUUGGGAUCGUUGUUAUGCCGGAGGAUAAAUUUUCUGCUCAUCAGGCGAUGGCUAGAACGUUCUACAUUUUCCUUCAAUAAUCUUUUAUGGUAUUCUUUCUUGGAAAUAUCUUCAAUUUUAACCAGUGGAUAUUCCUCUUCACUUUACAGCAGUCUCUUAAUUUCAUUUUCAUGUUUCGAUAGAGGUUUUCUCACCGCCACCCUUCCAAAAAUGCCAGCUUGUCUCAAAGGCAGAUCCCUAGAUUCAUUGAUCUCUGGCCCCCUGAGUCGUCGAUUACGUUUACUGAUCAAUAUAAUACAAUCAUCUUCAAUGAAUGCAUAUUUUUUCACGUUGUAGUCCACGGUAUUUGUAAUUCGGCGGCAAUGGUACCGUAACUUUGCUUAGACAACCGAUAAUUCUUUGGUUUUACCCACUUUAAAACUUACAUGUCCGAUAUAACGAGAACGGAAAAAAUUUGAAUACGAACUUCACAAAAAGAUGUCUUGGUCCAAAAAGUAUAAAUCACAGAACAAUUGGGACUAAACUACAAUCAUAAACACCGAAGAUAUAAUUCAAAGUUGAAGAAUAAUUUACAAAUCAGCCGGUAAUUGCAAGUUUUAACUUGUCACACUCGCUAACAAAAUAUAAUCAUGAUUUAAACAAAUAACGGACACUAUUAUUUUUAGUUUGUUUCGAUCUUUGCUUGAAAAUAUGAAAGAAAUUUGUCGAAAUGUAUUAUUUUGAAAAUUUAACGAAUGGAUUAUGGGGUGGGUAAAAACUUUUGACCAGUAGCGUAAUUUAUCGAAAAUUACAGUUUUCCUAUCACCGAGUAAAUGAACGCCAAGUGCUCUAGCCGUACUUCUUCCUCAUAAUAAGAAAUCCAAAUCGUACUUCCCGCACAAAAGUAUGCAAUAUCCAAGAAAUUUUUCAUUAUUUAAGACUGACCGCCUUCCACGAAGAUACGUACCCUAAUAUUGAUUUUAUCAAAACGAAAAACGAAACUUGACAUAAUGAUUUUUCCUUCAUCGCAAAUUAGCAAGUUCCUAUUAACUUUGCUAAUUAUAAUUUUAUUAUUUUAUUUCUACAUGGAUUUCAAUUUGUAUCUCAGAUUACAAAAUUAUCCUUUAGAUAACGAUAAUUCGUCAGCGAUUACCUACGAAAAAGUAACGUGGUUAAGCUGUCGAAUAAAUCCACUGUGCGAAGUAACCGUAAAAGGAGUUCUUUUAGACCAUACUAACUAUUAUGUUUUCGGUCCGUUGGUCCAAAUAAUCGACAAUAUUCUUAGAAUAAGCGACAUAAAAUGGAUAACCCCCAAUUCUAUUAGUUUCUUUCAUAUAUUCGUAGCGAUCCUUAGCGCGAAAUGCGUCACCAGCCAUAGUUUGACUUAUAGGAGAAUCGGAGUUUUGCUAUUCGAAAUAAGAACCUGGUUAGAUGACCUAGACGGUCACGUAGCCAGAGCGAGGAAGCAUAUUAAGGGGGAACGAUCCGAAAUCGGUACAGCGGGUUAUUACGUCGACGGUAUCUGCGACGCAGUGGGUUGUACGGCGUUAAUUAUUGGCGUUUUCGUAUUUUUAAGAUACAACCCACCUAGAAGGGGAUACAUUCUACUUUCUACUACGUCUGAUAGCAAAGAGCCUAAUAUUUUACAUAGUUUUAAAGUAACCGUUAAAAAAGUUGCGAAGACCGUUUGUUGCUUUAGUUUACAACUCAUCAUUAGUUCCACGGCUUGGAACAGAUACAUAGCGUUGUAUCAAGAUUUGUUAGAAAAUUACGAUUUACCUGGCGUCGAUAAAGUAAAACAAUGCGACGUUUUCAAAAAUUCGUUUUUCUUUUUCGUAGCUUGGCUGUGGCGAGUAAUAAACGUUCAUAAUUUAUUACAUUUAUUAUUACUCUCGAUAUUUUGUGAUAAGUUAUGGGAAUUUUUGAGGAACAUACAAUACCUUGGUUAUGGUGUAUUAAUAUCUGUUAUAUGUAUUACCGAAAUUAAUAUUAUAGACGUUAAAAAUUUUAUAUUUUACUCUUUGAAUGAAACCGAAACCGUUUGAGAUCGUGACGUAUUUUUUGUAUGCAAAACUGAUUUUUUUUAUAUACGGUAUGUCGUACUUAAACUUAAACUAGUGAAUCUGCUUCGAAGUAAGUGAAACGUGAAUCUCUAAUAUUGUUUUUCUAAUAAACGUUUUUUCCACCUCAUCUAGCGCAAAACGAAUCUGCUUCACUUUUUUCUACCAUUUUAUACUUUACAUGUCCGGAAAUUGAUGCGUUAAGGUUCGAAUAUUGAAAUUUAUUGAUCUGAAUGAUACAGUUUGUUAAUAUUCUUCGACCUUCCUACAUCAAUACACUUUUUCCGUCAAGAUUUCUCUUUCUAGAAGAGAAAUCUCCUUCAGCGACCUCGUCUUAACGGCUCUAAUGCAUUUCCAAAUGUUAUUCUUUCAGCGAUUUAUUGAGCCAACGGCACAAAAAGUGUGGCGGGACGAUGUCGGGGCUGUAGACCAGCUGGGGUUUAACGCUGAUCUCGUUUCGUUAGAAAGAACGAUUGAGUGGACGCAUGGAGUUCCAAGAAUCUUCGAUCUCCACUGUUGACUCUUUGUUUUAAUCGUUGUAACACUUUAUCCAGGUGGCGGAAAUUCGGAGUGUCUUCGACCUUUUCUCGGUCAACAUUCUGUCUGACUGGAUUAUCGAUGGAUAAUCAUUCCUAAAGAUCUCCUGAAGAAUUGCCAAAGUUUUUGCUGGUAUUUUAUUCAGUUUAACGCAAAUUUUGAUCGAGUACCGCUGCUCGAUCGUUUUAUUUUUCAACCCCCUGCUCUAAUCCAACCCUCAUAUCGUUCCAGAAGCUCGGAGCUCAUUGCGGCUCUGUCCGCUGUGUUGCCGAGCAAAGAAAGUGUGAAAUAUCUCGAAGCCAAGAGCCAAAUAGGCGUUAAUUGCUAUAAUAAACUCAAAAAUUCAAUAUAGAAUGAAGAAAAUUGGGAUUGAGCAUUCACAAUUGGACGAUUUUCGGGAUUUUUCAUAAAUAGGUACGGUAAUGAAAUAAUUUCGUUUUGACACACUAUAUAAAUUCAAUAAAACGUUAGUAUCAUUUCCGGUUGUCGCAUAAAAUAAAAAAUAUUACAAUGUACAUUGAUAUUUAUAAAAGUUUGAACAUACAAAAAAAUUGUUUGACCUUUCGGUUACCAAUUUUUCUAAAACUUGGCACAAUGAUAGUUUGAAGCAAGCUGAUUAAAAGCCUCGAAAUAUAAAUUCCAAAACCCCCAAAAGCCUCAAUGUGCAAGAAAUCUCAAAUCCAAGACCCUCUUCAACUCCUUCGAACGCCCACUGAAGUGUCCGAUGGUACCUUGAGCGGAAGGAAAUUAGUUUUGGCCAAUUGUUCUGAAACUUGGCACAAUGAUACUUCGAAGCAAGCUGAUUGUAAGUCUCAAUGGACACUACAUACGAAACCCCCCCAACCUCCCCAAAAUUACCCCUGAAGAAUCUGAACUUGAACUCUUCAAGGGUAGUUUUGGUGCUCCAUGCCUAUUGACCAAUUAUUUUUCUUUCAGGGUAUCUUCGGAUACUUCAGGGGUAGUUUUGACGGUGUUUUGUACCCAUUGAGACUUUUUAAUUAUACCCAAUUUGUAUAAGAAUCGAGUUUUUUGAAAAUAAAGUGAUUGUGUAAAUGAUCGGUCGUAGAAAAAAUAAUGAAUGCAAUUUAACGGCUGUUAAGAAACUCGUAUACAUUACGACACUCGUCAAGGUUCGUAUUGUAAAUUUCUUACAUCGUGUCUUAACAACUAUCAUUAAAUACUUGUUGUAUAAUAUACUAUAAUUAAAUAUUUAAUUUAUUCGUUAUCGAGAGUUAUAAUAAAAGCCACGCCAUCUUAAAACCACAAGAAAAAGUUGCUCCUCAUGAUUAAUCGCUUUACGAUACACAUUUUUUACUAAAUUUACCGAACUUUAUACAAAAUGUCGAGAACGGAAUGACAAAGAAAUAGCGUUUAAGUACAAAUUGCUGUUAAUUUAUUCUAAUUAACCUUUUUUAUUGUGUACCUGUUUACGUACAAAUCACUGGGGUUAUCCAUUUCAAAAGUUAUUUAUUAGAUAAUGUACUUUGGAAACAAAUAUUAUAUACAAAUGUUGUAUUAGCUCAUAAAUAUAUUUAUUAUAUUAUUGUUAUAUUUUUUAUAGAUUUAUAUUUCUUUUUUAUAUUUAUUUUUAUUAACAUCACGUGGAUCGAGUCAUUGAAUAUAUAUAUUAAAGUUAAGAUGUACACAAAGUGGGAUUUGUCAAAUUGGCUAAAUCCAACACCUUAAAUUAAAUCGGGCGGUUUUGAUUUUCUAGAUUCUGGGAGGUUUUGGGAUACUGAAUAAGUCCAGCAACUCUUAACAAAUUUACGGGCACGGAUUUUCGAAAUUUAAAAAAAUUUUGAAUCGCGAAUAACUCGAAAACUAUGAGAAAUUCGAAAAAAACUGCCGUAACAAAAUGUUGAAUAAAAGUAUCGUAAUUAUUUGUUCCUAACCUCAAAAUUAUCACCGUAAAAUGGAUUCAUGUACACAAAAACAUUUUGAAUUGCGGAUAACUCGAAAACUAUGAGGAUUUCGAUACAGACUGCCGGGACAAAAAAUGUGGAGCACAAUAUUAUGUACAAAAAAAGUUUAAAUUUUUUCCUAACCUCAAAAUUUCAAUUAUAAAAUGGGUUUGAACGUUCAAAACUAUUUUGAAUCGCGAAUAAUUCGAAAACUACUGGAAAUUUAAAAAAAAAUUUGGAGCAAAAAAUGUACUGCACUAAAUUCUCUACAGAUUGGUCUCCAAGUUUUUUUCCUAAUCUCAAAAUUUUUACCGUUAAAUGGGUUCAUGUGCACAAAAACAUUUUGAAUUGCAGAUAACUCGAAAAAUAUGAGGAUAUCGACACAGACUGCCGGGACAAAAAAUGUGGAGCACAACAUUCUGUACAAAAAAAGUUUAAAUUUUUUCCUAACCUCAAAAUUUCAAUUAUAAAAUGGGUUUAAACCCUCAAACGUAUUUUGAAUCGCGAAUAAUUCGAAAACUAUGAGAAAUUCGAAAAAAACUGCCGUAACAAAAUGUUACAUAAAAGUAUCGUAAUUAUUUGUUCCUAACCUCAAAAUUAUCACCGUAAAAUGGGUUCAUGUACACAAAAAUAUUUUGAAUUGCGAAUAACUCGAAAACUACGUUGAGGGAAAUUUACUCAGAAAGAGUGGCUCCAACGAAAAAAUGACUAAAUACAUUUUUUGUAGAAAAUUUUGUGCACUACUUGUGCACUUUUUUUCAGAUUCCUCUUAUAGUUUACGAGUUAUUCGCGUUUCAAAAUUUUUUUGACUUACAAGAUAUCGAAAACCCGUACCCGUAAUUUUGUUAGGAGUUGCUAGACAAUCAGAAGCGCUCAAUUUAAUUUCGGGCUUAACCCGAUUUCACCUGUACUAAAGUACCUGGCCCAACAAAGAAAAAACAACAAUUUUUUUUCUUUCAAACACCCAUGUAAGAUAAUCUUUCAAUUUUUGAUCAUAUUAGAAAAAAUAAUUAUUGCGAAAGUUUAAGAUUUGUAUUUUCCAUUAUAUAUAUGUUAUUAAUCAUUAACUAGAGUGUUUUUAUUCACGAUAACUUAAUAUUUAUGUUUUUAAAGAGAUUAUUACUUGGAAACGUCCUAAUAAACUAUUUUUUUA